GUGGAUGAAAGUGAUCGGAACAAUGUUAUUGAGAAAUGUGAACAAUAUUUGGCAGGAGUUUGGACCACAAAUCAGUUCACUGUUCGUCGAUUCGCGGAAGGAUAUUUUAAUAAAAUUUUUUAUUGCAAACAAAAUGACAGCAAUAAUUUAAACCCUAAUGAUCACAAAGCAGUUGUGGUUAAGUUAGCACUCGAGGAAGACAUGUUUCUGUAUAAUCCUUUGAUAUCAACUAUUAAUACUCUAAUUAUAUCGGAGUCCGGUUUGGCUCCAAAGGUUUUGGGAGUAUUUCCUAAUGGCAUGAUCUGUGAAUACAUUGAGAGUCGCUCAUAUAAUCAUUUGGAUGACGACAACCCGAUGAUUGUCUCACUUUUAGCCCAAAAAUUAGCCAAAUUUCAUACAUUAGACUCUCCGAUACCCAGAGACGGGACCCACAAAUGGAUGGAUGCGGUAUUUGAUGAGUACUUCAGGGAAGGGAUGUUUGACACCAUAAAAGACAAUCAACUCGUAGACACAAUAAAUAUGAGUUCACACGAGUCUUUAAAAAGCAUGGAUUUGGGGAAUGAGUUAAUUUGGGUGAAAAGGGCCGUUCAAAGUGCCCCCAAAAUUCUGGUCCUCUCUCACUGUGACUUCAAUCGGGGAAAUAUUCUGAUCCAAGAAAACGGUGACAAAUUGGACCUGUUUUUCAUUGACUUUGACUUCACGAGCCAUAACUUUCGAGGCAUGGAUUUUGGCCGAUAUUUCUCGAGUUGGAGACAUAAAGACUCGCACUUCGGGUGCGAACCCUUCCCUACCGAUCAACAGAUGAUACCAUUCAUCGACGCCUACAUCAAAGAGUCAAAUCGAAAAAGCUGA